CGGAAAAUCCCUAGAAAUUAAAGGAGCCUACUAAUUACUGUAUUUAAAAAAAUAUUAUUAUAUUAUAGUCUGCAUAGUCUCAGUUUUGUGGUCUUAACCAUUUACUCUGUUUUCACUCUAGUAAAGCAGAAUUACUCUAAUAUUGUGUGUCCACAAACCAGAGUCAGACACAUUCAAAGAGAGAGAGAGAGAGAGAGAGAGAGAGAGAACAGUGACUCCGCCUCUCUCCAGUCUUUAUUUUCUGUUUCUCAGACUGAAGGACAGAGAGAAGGAAUCAUAGAGCAGGACAAGAGGAGGAGAAACGGGGCGCACACACCGAAUCAUGGCCACAUCAGACACGGCACCGCAGCACAUCCUUCAGUCCGAUCCCCGCACACCGAGUAUCAUAUCACGGAUCACCGGCACCGAAACCGAGCUGAAUGUGAGCACGGCGGAUCCGCGGACAGAAUGAGGGUAAUUUAUACCCAGAACGCCGGCGCGGUCGCUGCAUUCUCUGCUCAGACACGGGGAGGUUUUCUGCGGUAGAUUGAAACAAAGGAAUAGCAGAGAAAUCAUGAUCGCACGUGCCACGGGAAAGAGAAAACGUCAUAAUGGAAUAGCGAACGUCAUAAUAGAAUAGCACGCGUCAUAAUAGAAUAGAACACAACAGAUUCAUUGUCGUUCUAAUUGUGAAUGAUACAUUGUAGCAGUUGUAUAGGUGCCAUAGAAUCAUGUUCUGCCACAUUCCGAUUCCAAUGGAAUGUGUUCAUUAGUGUCAUUUGAAUAAUAUGCCUUGUAGAAUAUUUUUAGUCCGUUAAGUAUCCGUGUUUUAUUGCUCAUAACUAGACUAUUAUUAUUUUUCUUAGAUAGCCUACCAUAGCCGGCUAUAGGUAGAAUAGACGCCUCAUUUAAAUAUGAGUCAUUAUCGACAAUCAUAAAUUAGUAUAUAUGUUGACAUAAUUAAACCUUGCUUGUAAUUAAUUGAUUAAUUUAUAUGUUAAUUAGGUCUUAUUAGUUUUAUUUUAUAUUAUCAUAUAAUUCGAAAGCAUUUAGUCCAGAUUUUUAAACAUAGAGGGAGGUGUCAAAUAUCAUCCUCUGGGGUGAUGGAGACACAAAGGCCAGGUGACCUGUCGGACCCCUCUGUGGUGGCAGUGGCGGAGGCCCCUGAGGGCCCCUGUGAGGUCAAACGCAGCAGCUCAGGUGUGAAGAAACAUCAUCACAAACACAACCUGAAGCAUCGUUACGAGCUGCUGGAGACCCUGGGACGAGGAACAUACGGCAAAGUCAAGAAGGCCAUUGAGCGGCAUUCUGGAAGGGAGGUUGCCAUCAAGUCUAUAAGGAAGGAGAAGAUUAAGGAUGAACAGGACAUGGUUCACAUUCGACGAGAAAUCGAGAUCAUGUCAUCUCUCCGCCACCCACAUAUCAUCUCUAUAUAUGAAGUGUUUGAAAACAAGGACAAGAUUGUAAUUGUCAUGGAAUACGCCAGUAAAGGCGAACUUUAUGACUACAUCAGCGAACGUCGACGUCUGACUGAGCGAGAAACCCGACACUUCUUCAGGCAGAUCGUCUCUGCUGUGCACUACUGCCACAAGAAUGGUGUUGUUCACCGGGACCUGAAACUGGAAAAUGUACUACUGGAUGAAAACUGUAACAUAAAGAUUGCUGAUUUUGGGCUGUCCAACCUGUAUCAUAAAGACAAACUUUUGCAGACCUUCUGUGGUAGUCCGCUAUACGCGUCCCCAGAGAUUGUCAAUGGAAGACCGUACUAUGGUCCAGAGGUAGACAGCUGGGCUCUGGGGGUGUUGCUGUAUACGUUGGUCUAUGGUAGUAUGCCAUUUGAUGGGGGAGAUCACAAAAAUCUAAUUCGCCAAAUCAGCAACGGAGAGUACAGAGAACCAACCCAGUCAUCAGAUGCUCGUGGUUUGAUCCGUUGGAUGCUGAUGGUCAACCCUGAGCGUCGAGCCACAAUCGAAGACAUCGCCAAUCAUUGGUGGGUAAAUUGGGGAUGGAAGACCAGCGUGUGUGACUGUGAAUCGCAAAGGGAUGCUAGCUCACCCAUGCUGGCUCGUCUCAUUGACUGGCAGAACCGCACCGAGCCUCGACCGACAAAAGCCAUCCGGUCCGAACCAUUCCUGCUUGUCCGUCAACGGCCCAAAAAGUCCAAGAAAGAAAAUGAUGUUGGAGUUUCCCUCUGUAACGGCGAAGACAGCCUGGGCCUCAAGAGACCAAAGGGCAUCCUGAAGACAAGAACUUCUGAAGAGCAACAUUCUCCAAGUCUGGAGGAGAUAGAACUGAUACCAGGAGCAGGAACCCCAGAGAAGGAAUCUGGGCCAGAAGCUAAUGAAGGCCAGGAGGAGCCAGCGCUAACAGGCAAUUCUCCUUCCAAAGUGGUCUCCAUUCUUCCUAAGAAGGGAAUCCUAAAGAACAACCAACAGCGUGAAUCAGGGUACUACUCUUCCCCAGAGCGCAGUGAGUCAUCUGACUUGCUAGGUGGCAACAUUACACCCAUUGCCACCAACUCCCCGCCCAAACGAGUGGUUGGUAGGAAGGGCAUCUUGAAGCGCAAUGGCAAGUAUUCAACAUACAGCGGUGCUUCUCCCAUGAGUGUCCUCGGGGAACCAGCACCUGGCGAUUCUGGUUUAUCCCGCAGUCAGAGUCGCCCAUCCAGCAUUGUGAGGGAGGAUAGUGAUCCCAUCACCAACAGUUGCUUCAACGGCACUGACUGGCCCCCACCCACUACCCGGCCCAAGAUCAGAGGGUGUUUGUCUGCAGAAAACCUUCUCCAGCUGGCCAACUUUAAAGGGCUACAGGCGGCUCCACCCCUACACAGUGGGAAAUUCGGCAGAGAAACGCAGCUCUCCCCUGGGGAUAAUAGCAGCUUCUCACUGCUAGGAGACCUGGAUGAUAUGACUCAGGUGUACCAACAAGCCCUGGACAUCAGCAACAACCUGUCAUAGGGAGGGGGGGCCAAUUGAGAGGAUAGAAGGUGUCGCAAGUGAAAAAUGUUUGUUUGGCAUGUUGUUGACGACCAGUGUAAUACUGGGAAUCUAUGAAUGUGAGUCAUUUUUUCAGUGAGAUGGUAUUGGAGUUUGAACACAACCAAACCAUUAUCCUAACUUCUAACCUUACCAAUCCAACCCUGCCCUAACCUUAGCCUUAACCCAACCCAAUCUCAUACAGUCAAAAUUUGUAUCAAAUACAACUAGGGGGAUUACAGCCUAGAUGUUUUUGGAGUGUUUGAAGUAAUAUUUAAGUUGGUACUCUGGGACAUUAUCCCCCCACAAGCAAGAGAUGAAAUUAAAUGUUUACAUGAUAAAUAAAAGGUGUGUUAGCAUUUCAGUCUGACAUCACUGAAUGGCAGUUUUGACGAAACAAAAAGAGUCAACGUGAGUUUAUCAAGCACCUUAAAAAUCUCACAGAGCACAUAUCGUUUGUGGUCUUUAUUUCCAAGAAGAAACCAGGGUCUUGCUCCAAAAGAACUGUUCUUGUCUAUUAUUUAUUAAUGUUUUUUGUAGGUUUAGUGAUACAAAACUGGUGUGGUCUGGCAGUACUGGAAGAAUAACAAAGUCAAAUCUCUAGUUUUCCUUGAUUGGAACUGACAUAUAUAAUUGUUAUUUUUCUGUUGGUUAUUGAUAUAUGAUUUAAUUUGCAUAUGUAUCGAUCAAACUCAUAUUGAUCCUAUAAGUCUUAUCUAUGGAGCAUAUGUAAUUAUGUUGGAAGUGCCUUUUUUAAUUCAUAUUAAAUUAUGUAUGUCAUUUCCUUGAUGUGGUGAGGGCAACCUUUUUUUUUUUUUUUUUUUUUUUUUUUUUUAGUUUGUACUGAAUGCUUAGAAGAGACCCAGGACCUCAGAGCACCAAGUCUACCCUACAUGCUAAAGAACUACCUAGGAUUAUCAUACCUGUUUCUUAAAAUUUGCCCAACCAAUGAUGAAAAGCCAGUGUUUACAGUGCAUUAUCAUGCAUUAUACAGUGCAUCGAAAGAUUAAGUUUGUUGGUCCUUCAUCGGCCUCAAAGGGAGCUUGUUUCCAGAGCCCUCUACAUCAUUUAUACUGUAUGUGUGUACCGUUGAGUAAUUCAAGGUUCCAACAUCCCAGAUUGGUUGUUUCUGAGUGAGUCUUGACAGAAACAUGCAUUUAUGCACCAUGUCUUUCUCUGAAAUUGUACACUUGUGGUUUAUGGAUUGGGUUAGGUGACUGUUUAGGGUUUCUGGACACCUUCAACUUAACAAGGUCUAACACAAGGUAGAAAUCACAGACACACUCUAAGCUCCCAGGAAUGUUCCAGGCAGAGACAAGCUUGUUUGGCUAUUUCCAUAAGUUUUGACUUGUAGGAACAUAGUCUCUCCUGGUGUUUAUCUGUUGAUCCUGUAUUUGAUUGCUCAGCUCUAAGAAUAACAGAUUAUUGGUUCUCUGUUGAACUUUGAUGCCCAAAACACCCCCACUAGGGCUAAAAAAACACAAGUAGACCGAUUAGUUUCAAAGCAGUGAUGAGCCAGCAAAUUCCAAAGGCUCUUUAGAGGCAUGUUUGGACUAGAUCUUAACAUCAUAACCCAGAGAGCUUCCCUGUGUCAUAGGUUUAAUGGCACAGAAGCUUCAUUGUCUCAGAAUCUUUGGUCUUUUGUGUCUUUAGUUUCAGUUGAAAGUACUGUGAGUAUAAUUUUAGUUUUAGGCUGUUGUCUAAAUGUUUUUAGAAGGUAAGAGUGCAGUAGUUGCAGAUUCAGAACAAGAGAUGUUUACCAAGAUAGAUUUGUGAAAGCUUUUAUGGAUGGAGGGCAUGUUUCCAGUUAGUGGGAUACAUAGUUAGCAUCAUUGACUGGAAAAGAUGAAUGUAGCUUUUUAUUUUGCUGCAAAUAAAGAAAGACAAGCGUACGUGUAGAAAUAGAGAGAUGAAGAAUGUAGAUUAAAGAAUAAGGAAAGUAUUUUGUACCAAAGAUGGUGAUUAUGGGUAAAAACAUCAGACACAAGUGAGAUGCAAAGGGGGAAGUUAGCUAAAUCGCUAAAUGGUUAGCAAUGUUAAUGAAAAACAAAUGUUUUCACCAAAAUAAAAAUAAAAAAUCUGUAUAAGACUGUAGGAGGCUUUUUGUUUGAAAGAGGUCCUGGGUAGAUAUUAUAGACACACCUAACGUGUAUCGUACUGCAUUUCUGUAUUGCAUUGUAUUUUCAACUGGAUUCACAGUGAUCGAAUUAUACUAUGUUAGUAUUUUUAUGUUAUUGCGCUUCUGUUUUUGAUUAUCCAAAAUACUGUUGUUAUUAAUUUACGUUACCGAAGAAUGUUGUACGUAUAAUCAAUGAUCUCUCUUGGUCUCGAGAGGUUUUCAGCACUAGGUGAACAUACUGUGCUAAUGUCUAGCAUUUAGCUCAAACAGACGAUCGACCACACUAUUGCACAUAUUCCAUCAGGGUCAUUUGAUGCAAGCGUGUCAUAAAUUUCAGAAGCUGCCAGAGAGAACUGACUCAAUAUUUGGUGUCACGAAAUUCACUAUCAACAUUAUUUGUUGUAACACUUUAGGACAAGGUUGAGUAACCACCCAAAUGUGCCAUUUUUUUUUUUUUUUACCAUAGUGCCAUUAUUCAGAGAGGCCAUUUCAAAUCAAAUGCUAAAAUGCUCUUAGCCAAACUUGAAAUACCUGGUGCAUAUUAAUUAGUCAGAAUUCAAGGUAGAGAAAAAUUUGACUGGAUUUUGUUAUUGACAGUACUGAAAAUUGUAGUAUUAUGUUAUUUAUGUAUUAUUUUUAUAAUGGUUAAUUACUAUUGUUGCUCAAUGCCAUAAUCUUUUUUGGGGGUUUGGUAUCAGUUUAAAAAAACCUGGACUGCCAAGGUAUUUUUCGUUCAGUGCCUUUGCUAUCUUUUGUGAUUUGUGUUUCAUUUUUUCAAGUAAAUAAUUACUAUUGCAUUUUUAUACUCUAUUUAUUGGUGGUGAAGCCAUUUUAUUUCAUUUAAUGCCAUUGCAUACACAUUGUCUGAAAUAGUGUGUGUGUGUGAGUGUGUUUAGACAAACAAACAGAAGACAACUGGAAGAGCAGAAAGACAUAGAGUGCUUUGUGGUCAUGUUGUUGUGUUUUAAAGCUUUGAUUGUGUAUUCAGUUGCUAAGCGGCUUUGGUUGUUGUUUGGAGGAGAUAUCUCGCAAACCAGCAGUGUUUUGUACCACAAAUCCAAAUCUGUGUAAAACCAACUCAAUAAAUGGAUAAUUUUGAAGGAGUU